AUGCCCCCCAAACCACGCGCAUUGGCUGACGCGUGGGAUGAUGACUGGGAGUCGCUCGCCGACAAGGAAGUAGAUGCCCAACAGAAGAACGAGCCCGCGCCCAAAGUCAAAUUGUCCCAGAAGGAGCGCAGAGCGCAGCAUGCAGAGCAGCAGAAAAUGCUGUGGGACUCGGCAGAGAACCCCGAGCCUAUGCUUUUCCUCGAUGCCCGCAACAACGUACCCGUAGCUCCCCAGGCCACCUUCAAGCCUGCAGUGACGCUGCUGGCCCGCAAACCGAAAGCUCCCGCCGGCAUGGCGGGCCUGACCUUGGACGACGACGAUAGCGAAGAGGAGCGCCGGAAGAAAAGCGAGGCCGAGUUCGAGGAGCGGAAAGCUCGCGCACAGAAGGAGCGCGCAGAGAAAGAGCGAAGGUAUGCCGAGGCCCGCGAUCGCAUAUUCGGCAAGGACGCAAACUCGGACGAGUCCCGUGGCGCCUCACCACGUCGAGCUGGGAAGGGCAGAGGAGGUCGCGGUGGACGCGACAGUCAGCCGCGAUCAAGCAACGAGCAGUCUCCAGCCAGGCCCUCGGCCUCGCGCCAAUUGUUCGAGCCAGCAUACUCUCCAAAACCAGGAUCGAAAUUUGUCCAGAGGCAGGAUGGCAGCACCAGCCGGCCAAGCACGCCCAACGACCAGGAGAAGCCAGUCCGCGAACCCCGUGGGCCCCAAGCAACAGGCAGAGGUGGAAGAGGAUUCGCUCCUAGGGGCAAUCGAACCGGCACUGUGUCGUGA